CACCCCCACCGCUUCCGGCCGCAUCCCGGCCGCUUCCUGCGGCGACUGUGCGCCGGGGCACGGGAUAGUGCUUCGCUGCAGGAGCUGGUAUCUGCUGCCUGGCCGGCACGGUGCUACACGCAGGCCUGCCCCGCCUGCCUCCGCUCAGGCCCUACCUUAAAGGGUACAUGUUCACUUCAAGCAGAAAGGAGCAUGUUGCCAAAUUCUUCCAACUUGGGUCGUCCACCCUUCACUCCGAAACAUCAACAGCAGAGAACUUUCUUCGCUAAAAUUCCUCUAAAUAUACCUCCUACUCUUCUUUCUCACCAGCAAAUUAUUGUUCCUCCAUUUCAUUUUCGCAGUGCAGUUGUUUCUAGAACUCUUUUGAGUGGGAACAUUGAAGCCGCUCCAGCUGUUACUCCAGUUGUUACACUGCAUCCAAUGACUUAUGGAAGUGUUAGUCCAGUGUCUACAUCAGAUGCCCUGACAUCAUUUCAAGGAAGAAAGAGACAAAGUCAACAGAGUCUUCCAGAUGAUGCCAAACGGCAGCGGAUUCAUUCACGUGAUUCUGACACAGCUGUAGUUACCCAAGCAGUGCCUUUACCGGAAGAACACAGACACUCCUUCCCAGCAUCAGUUUCAGUUCUGUCUCCAGUGUUGCAUGCCGGUGGCUCACCUGCCUUAAUUGGAUGUGUCCCUCCUUUGCAAGAUACUUUGUUUCUGGACCCUACAGAAACCACGCUCCCUGUUGCCAAUGACAAGUUAAGUCAACAGGUUUUGGAGUUGUUUCAGGCAUGUCAGCAACAGGCCUCUGAUUUGGACAGAAAAGAGCUCUGCAGAACAGAACUCCAGAGAGAAAUUCAGCUAAUUUUUCCACAGAGCAGACUUUUUUUGGUUGGGUCAUCACUGAAUGGAUUUGGCACUCGUACCAGUGAUGGUGAUUUGUGCCUGGUUGUUAAAGAAGAACCAGUGAAUCAGAAGACUGAAGCAAGACGUAUACUCAGCAUAGUCCAAAAACUCUUCUGUACUAAACUUUCAAGCUACAUUGAGCGACCUCAGCUGAUCAGAGCAAAAGUGCCAAUAGUGAAAUUCAGGGAUAAAGUCAGCAAUGUGGAUUUCGACUUGAAUGUAAACAAUGUGAUAGGUAUAAGAAAUACAUUCCUUCUGAGAACCUAUGCAUUCAUUGAGAAUCGAGUACGUCCAUUAGUACUUGUGGUUAAGAAGUGGGCAAGUUUUCGUGAGAUAAAUGAUGCCAGUCGUGGUACUUUAAACAGCUAUAGUCUUGUGUUGAUGGUUUUGCACUAUUUACAGACCUUACCUGAACCCAUCCUUCCAUCCCUCCAAAAAAACUACCCAGAAUGUUUUGAUCCUACUAUGCAGUUGUAUCUUGUUCAUCAAGCUCCACGUACCAUUCCUCCUUACAUCUCAAAAAAUGGAUCAAGCCUUGGAGAUUUGCUAAUAGGCUUCUUCAAAUAUUAUGCCACAGAAUUUGACUGGAGCCAUCAAAUGAUUUCAGUUCGUGAGGCCAAGGCUAUUGCAAGACCUGAUGGUAUUGAAUGGAGAAACAAAUUUAUUUGUGUAGAAGAGCCGUUUGAUGGGACAAAUACUGCUAGAGCUGUACAUGAGAAACAGAAGUUUGAUAUGAUCAGAGAUGAAUUUGCACAGGCUUGGCGGUUAUUACAAGACAAGAAAGACCUGAACUGUAUAUUACCUUUAAAAGCAGCCAAACAGAAAAGAUAACUAGCUUCUUUCAUUUUCCAUUUUUUUUGGAUCCUGCUGAAAUAAAGAACAGUGUCAAAAUCAGGAGGCACCUACCCCAUGGUUUUUACGACCUGUUUUUCUCUGUAAACUUUUGUUAAGGAAAUGUUUAUAAGGAUGUGGCAUAUUUUAUUAUCAGUGUUUGUUAAUACAGCUGUUCAUUCAAAUAUAUACUUUCUGAAAAUGCUUGCAUUGUUGACUUCUAGGAGAAACUCACAGCAAACAAGAGGAAUACAUCUAUUUUAAGGAAAGUACGGGGAUAUACUGACUUGUUUCUUGUGUGAUCUGUGUAACCAUUAAUUCAGACAAAUUUAGCCAUGAAAGAUAGACAUUCAAGGUUGAACCAUGUGCAAAUCUGACUACAUCCUUAAGGCACAGUGCACUACCAACUUCUUGAUGAAGAGAGAGUCUGUGUUUUACUUCUGCUCAAUUUAGCACUUUCCAGUUUUAUUUCACUUUUACUUGGAAUAAAAAGCAACUGUUUAUGAGAAUUAAGGUAGAUUAUGGUUGUUUGUAUUGUGAAUAUCAAGAACUAUAAUCUAAACUGGAAUUUUCAAGCAACAGUUGUACUGUGAAGAAGUUGAAGUAAAAAAGCUCAAUUCAAUGCGCAUAAACUCUUCACAUUCAAACAGAGUAGGAAGGAAAAUUUUUAGUGCUUCCUUUUACAUAUUUGAAGUAGUAGUGAUGUGUCUUUUGGAUAAGAAGACCAAUCAAAAUCAAAUCAGUGCUAAAAUAAGCUGGGCUUCUCGUUUGGUUCUGUGUAAAUGUUAGUGAAUUGGUCAGCCACUGUAAAUUGAAUCUAAAUAUGUAAUAUUGAAAAUUACAGCUCUUCCCAAAAAACUGCAAACCUUCUCUUAGACCUCCUAUAGCACAGUCUGUGUGUCUCAUAUAUUUGUUAUUGAAGACCAAUUAAUUUUAAAGACUGUAUUUUACCACUGAUAUCAAAUUCGUACUUCCAUUUUUUAAGUUUAGUACUUUAUAUGGUGUCCAGUGUAAUAAAGUUUAUAUAUGGAAGAUACGGGUUAUUUUUCCAAUUUAUGUUGUUUUAUACUGAGUAUUUAAAAUAUUUGCUAUAAUUAAGUAGAAUAGAAAAUGCUCCAUGAGGUAUGACCUGUGUUGCAAUUCAUCAAGAUCUGUCAUGGCUAUUCUGCAGUAUAUCUGUGAAUAGGCAAAAGUUUGGUUCAUUACAUUCUCUAACAAGAGUGUGAAAACCCUUAUAAUUGUAAAAUAACAAGCAUUAUGUCUUCUUGUGAAAACUUUUAAGUUCUAGUUUAUUUAGAAAUUCUGAGUACUGUAAACUAUAUGCCUGAUGUGGGAUUACUUCGUACACACUUCAUCACAGUCUAGUCUAUGUAGAAUUAUGCCUUGUUUCUGUGAUUGACUUUUCUUCUGCAAUUUAAACUGUCUUUCAGUUUUAAUAUGACUCUAGCAGUCCACUGAAAUGUUCUUCCUUCUUGCAUAUGUUCACCCUCAUUGCUCUUUCUGUAUAGGAGGAUGGUAGACUUGGGUGUCAGUGAAACAUUCACUUUGAUUCACUUUAUGUAAAAUUGAAGCACAAGAUUUUAGGACAGGAUAAUGUCUGGAUUCAAAGAUGCUCUACAAGCUCUAUGUAGAUUCUGGGGAAAGGGAGUGUUGGCUGUAUCUUCUUAAAAAAUAUAGUGGCUAUAUCUUUGUCUAGAAAAUUGAAAACUUUCCUGACUUAGGAUAAAUAAGAAGGGACAUAAAUGUUUAAAGUCGGUAAAAAUAUAUUUUAAGAGAGCUGAAUGUGAGAAACAAAACUUUAUAUAAUGCAUAAAACUUUCUUAUGAGUUUCUAUUGCAUCACUUAAUUGUGUCAACAUUUCUUACACGUUAAAUUAAUGCUUCAUGUUUGAAACCACUUCUUACUAACUCUUUUUAAAAGGUUAGUUUAAAAAAUUGUGGCAUCUCUGAGCUACUCUGUUAAAAUUGCCCUACGAGUUCAGUGGUAUUUUUAAUACUAGUUAAGGUCUGUAACCACAGUGGACUGUAUCUUUCAAAAGAAUCCUUUUGUAUGUUUUUCUUAAGUUUAUGUCCUUCUGAUAUGCCAUGAAAUAACCAGAAGUUCUGGAUGGAAGUUUUUCCCAAAUUUUUUGGAACAAGCCUGUUGAUAGAAUAUUUGUUAAAUAGCGGGCUGCAACUUUGUCAGAAAACUUCAGAUAUAAUAACACAAAAUAAACGUCUUGGGGAUAGUGGGUAGGAGCUGGAUUUUAACUUUGGAUUCAGUUCUGUAUAGUCUGAAGUUGUUAGAGGUUUAAUGACCUGGGUUUUCAUCUUCUCUGGGCAGGUAUCCAGAGUGAAAAAUGACUAAUGGCUAUUAUAAAUUUAGUAGUAAAGUUAAGUUUUCACUUUUCCUCAGCUUCAAAAUAAAAACUUUUACCUACUUAUCCCUUGGAAUACAUCCCAGCAGGAAUAUUUUUUUUCUGAGAGCUCUUUGGUAAAAAGUAAUUUUCACAACUGACUGAGGUUUCAGUGCAUGUGCAAGAUGUUGUCUUCUCUGGGAUUUAUUAUUGCCUUGAAAUACAACUGCUUUAAUUCAGCACUUUUUUUUUCUUUUUUUUUUUCAAAUUAUUAUUCUUGACUGCUCUUUUUGGCAUUGGGUUUUCUUGUCUUUUCUUACCUCACGUGUCAGACACCACUAGUGUGUUCUGUAGGAUUUUAAGAAUUCUCUUCAGUCCUUCAGGACUAAAUUAACAGGUUCAGAGGUGCACAGUAGGACCAAACGUUGACAAGAGCUUCACAUAUGGUGACAGUAAUGCAGAACUAACAUAGGCUAUACACUGUGAAACUUAAAGUUUCUCUUCUAGCUCUUGCUCUCACUUGUCCUGAAAUGUGAAUGUGUAAAUGAACUCUCAGUACUUUUAGGUGUGUGGACAGUAUAAGAUGUUACUUUUUAAAAAUCCCUCACAAAGAAAAUAUAAAUCAAUUUAAAGACUCACAUUGCAGGGUGAUAAUAAAAGGAUGAUUCAUAUAAAAAUAUAAGAUGAUUUGUAUGAAAGUGGAAGUUAGCAUUUGUGAAUAAAAUAUAUUUGUGAGUCCCAUACACUUAUUUGGAACUAGUGUUUUACUUGAACUUGGGUUACUGGACUCAAUUCACAGAAUAUUUGAUGUUAAAUUUAAGUCCAUCAGCAAAUGUCACUCUUGAUUUAUUGUACUGAAUGUGCUAUGGGUUGUCCUGUAUUUUGUGGUUUACUUUUUUUUUGCCUUGUUCUCUGUAAUCCUUGUGUAUUCAGAUAUAAAUAUUUCCCUUGAUUUUACUGACUAUGAUGCUUGUCUGAAGAGCAUGAAAGAAUGUGCGAUUUUGGUCCAUUUACAGGUCAAAUUCACUGGUGAGAAGUACAGAUAGAAAUAAGUUGAAGGGUUUCUGUUACUUGCCUUUCUCUUGCUGUGCUGAAGACUGAAUCAAAAACUUGUAUGUAUCAAUGAAUCAAAACAAUGUAUGUAUGUUUCAUCUAUAAGCAUUUCUAGAAAACUUGUAAUGCUCUUCCACAUGAAAAUUGAGAAAGAAUAUUCUUUACAUUUUGUUGUGUACACUAUGUUCAUGAUGAAAUAUAGAGUUUAAUUUCGUUUAAUAUCUGUUUCAAAUACACUUUUCAAAAAAAA